AUGUUUGUUUUCUUAUAUAUAGGAAUAACAGCGACAAAUCCAAUUUCCUAUACAAUUAUUCAAUAUUCGUUGGUUACGGAUCAAAUUCUCCAGAAAUGCUCUACACUAUUUAAUAAUAAUUACGGUUUUUGGAACCACAACGCUCCUCUUCACAGUAAUAAUGUUUUACAAACUGGUUCUCGCGUUAAACUUGGAGUCAAGCGUCUUCAUGAGUUGAUGCUCUUUAAUGAUCGACGUUUUCUUGUAGUUGCAGAGACACGUUCAUUAGAGAAAGAUCAAUUUGAACUGAUCGUUGUUUGCUCUGCUCAUCAAGGUCGAGGUGUAGCAGGUACUUUACUUUCGUUGGCUAAGAAUCAUAUUCAAGACGUUGUUGCUAUGGGACUUGUCUCUUCACAUCCUCAUGCUGUAAUGGCUAUAUGUAACGCUUGUAAUCGUAUUCCAAUCAACUUGAAAUUUAUGGCUGAUCAUGCAAAGGAUAUUUUUAAAAUUUGUAGAAUUCCUUAUAUUUCCCAUAAUGAAACCAUUGGCUCGAUUUUUGAUAAACCAUCUUCUCAAAUGGUUGAUAGCGAUGAGCAACCUGUUUCUCUGAUCAAAACCGAUUUUUUUGUUGUCCAUAAGGAAGUUUUAACAAUACUAGGAAACAUUUAA